AUGCCCUCCUCUGAGCCACAUGGUGUCCAUCGUAAGCGCUACGCCGCGAAGGUGGAGAAGGGGGAAAAUGUGUGGAAAACGGAGUGGAAUAGCUUUAUUUCCGGACUCACCUUAAAACGAGUACGGGAUGGAUCGAUCGGGAUUGCUUUGCGAACGGCGGACGAUCUUCAACAAAAAACACAAGAAUCCCCCGCAUCGGGCUCAUCCCCUUCCUCUCGUCCACGGCAGGAUAAAGGUGCGAGUAGUUGGAAUGAAAGUCAAGAAGACAACCCCGAUGCCCGCGGUUUCACCUUUUCCUACCUCUUUAACUCCCCUGCGGAUCGUAAAAUCGCUCGCGAGACGAAACAAAAACAGAGGGCGCAAGCCAAGGGGGAUCGUUCGGGUGCGGAAAAUUCACACCACACCAGUAAACAUCAGCAGGCGCUCUUAGAAUGCAAGGCGCGCGGCCUGAACGUGGAAGGGAUGACGCGCAAGGAGGUCCGGAGCUUCUUAAACCUAACCCGCACCAAAGAAUACGAAGAAGCCGAGCAGCGCGCGAAGGAGUUUAAGCUGCAUCACCUAUUGGACGAAAAGCUCGCGUGGUAUCAACAAGGGCCCUCCCCGAUCGACCUGAUAUCGGAAAAUCUCGUCACCCGAAAGGCCGAGAAGAAGGGAAAGCGACUCGGGCUGCGGUAUAAUUAUCUUCUUCCUCACCCGUCGUGGGUUGCGCGGCGGGCGCAGCGGCGGCGAGAAAGUAUUUUAGUCGGGCUUGGUCGACGGUUCGUCUUUGAUGAGGAUACUGGGGUCGCCAUGGAUCCUCUUCGCAACAUCCCGGUGGAUUUAACGAAAGUGAAGCUGACUUUCGGGAACGCCUCGAUGCCGAUCGGGGGGAUCGAUGCUAAUGCCGGCAUGGAAGGUCAAUCUUCCGUCGACGAAGAAGCAGAAGCGCAUCCAGAAGAUACCUCGUCAGAGAGCAACAAAACGGCAGAGGAAUCGAUUUCAAAGAAGGGUAAAAGGAAAGGAACUCGAGAAGCUCCGAUUACAGAGUCCGCUCCUGACGUCUCCUCACAUUCUUCAAUUCGGUUAGAUGAUGACAUUCUAGUGAAUCCGUUUGUUUCACGUAAUUCACUAACCCGCGCGGUGGUCCGAUCGCGUUCUGCGGCGGAAGCGAUUCAAAAGGCAAAUCUUACUACCAACUACAUUAGUAGUAAGCUUCUGGGUGGAACAAACGCAGCGGGCGCUUGA